AUGCAUUUUUAUAAAAGAAUAAAACAUUAUAGAAAUAUUUUAAUCCAAUGUAAUAAAUCAAAUCGUAAUAUAAUACAUGGAGAAAAUGACACGCUUUUCUUUAAAGAGAUAUUAUAUGCGAAUUACCACAUCUGCAAACGUUAUAUACAUACAAAAGAGAAUGUAAUACAAGUGGAAAGAAAAGAAAAUGUUGAUAUGAAUCAUAUAAAUAAUAAAGAUGAUAUAUGUUAUAAUAAUGAUAACAAAAUAAAAAACAUAGAAUAUGAAAAGAAUUGCACGACAUAUGAAGAUAUAGAAAACUCUUAUAUUCAUAAUGAUGAGCUUGUUAAUAUAAAUGAUCUAAAGGAUAAAAUAGAAAAUCUACUUUUGGUCAGUAAAAAGUUAUAUAAUAAAAAGUACAGUUAUAAUAAAUCAUUGUGUAAUCACAAAGCAAUAACAUUAAAUAAUAUAGUCUUGAAUAUACUUUCUAUAAUAAAUGGAAACAACAACAAUAAUAAUAUUAAUAAUAAUAAUAUUAAUGGUAAUAAUAUUAAUAGUAAUAAUAUUAUUAGGAAUAAAGAUAUUUAUAUUGAUAAAUUCCUUCUUUUAGAUUUUUAUAACCUAUUAAUUAAAAGAAAAUAUUAUAUACAUAAUUUAAAAAAUAAUAUUUAUGAUAAUUCUUUUAUGAAUAUUUUUGAUUAUAUUCAUUAUAAUAUUAACUUACAUUUAAAAAAUUAUAAUUUGAAAAAUACUCAUCAAGUGCUACAUAAUAUAUCUAUAUAUAUACAUAAAAAUAAAUGUAAUAAUAUCACACAUGAACUUGUUAAGAAUAUUUUCUUCUUUUCAUUUUUUAAAAACUUUAAUAAGUUCUAUUCAAAAAAAGAAGAAAAAAAACUUAUAAAUGAAAGUGAACCAAAUUUCCAUAAUUAUCCUAAUCAAAAAUAUUAUAAUAAAUAUAAAAGUUUUGAUGAAGAAACUUUUUCAUAUUUAAAUACAUAUGUUGUUUUUUUAUCUAAUCAUCCUUCUUUUAUUAAUGACAAAUUAUUGUAUAAUAUUUCUCUCUUAGCAAAUAAAAUUUUACAACUUAAAAUAAAUUUUAAACUAGCACUCUCCUUCCUUUCAGCUAGCUUAAAUAUAUUCGAAAAGCAAGAAAAAAAAAUAAAGGAAGGACACCUUAUAUUGAACAUAUAUAAAAAAAAAACCAAUUAUGAUAUUUUAUAUUCUCUAAUACAACAACAUAAUGAAAUGUUUGAGAAAAGGAUAGCUGAUGGGUGGGAUCAUCAGGAUUAUGAUAACUCCAAAGAAAAAAAAAAAAAAAUGACAACUUUAAAUGUUAGUAAACAAAAUGGAAAUAUUCAUAAUAUGAAUGGAUUAAAUGAAAAUGUUCAUAAUAUGAAUGGAUUAAAUGAAAAUAUUCAUAAUAUGAAUGGAUUAAAUGAAAAUAUUCAUAAUAUGAAUGGAUUAAAUCAAAAUAUUCAUAAUAUGAAUGGAUUAAAUCAAAAUGUUUAUAAUAUGAAUGGAUUAAAUCAAAAUAUUCAUAAUAUGAAUGGAUUAAAUCAAAAUAUUCAUAAUAUGAAUCGAUUAAAUCAAAAUGUUCAUAAUAUGAAUCGAUUAAAUCAAAAUAUUCAUAUUUGUAGUAGAAAAAACUUAGACAUAUUGUCGAAUGAAAGAAAAAAAAAAUAUAUGAUAUCCACAAAUCAUGUUACAAAUAAUACACAUAUUAAAAAUAUUUACAAUCAUAAUUUGGGAUUCCUAAAAAAUGAUUAUAUAAACUUAUGGAAUUAUUCCCAUAUAAUUAAUAUAAUAAAAAUAUUACAAAUGAAUAAAUUUGUAUCACCCAAUUAUAAUAUAAAAACAGAAGAAUGUGUAAAAACAUUCUUAAAAUAUAUGUUUGAUUAUUUAUCAAUAUAUUAUGACGAAUUAAUUAUAAUGACACAAAAUGAAUUAAAUAGUUUUAUUUCUAUAUAUGUGAAUUUAUCAAUAAUAUUAUAUCAAAUGAGAAAUUAUAAAGAUGAUAUAUGUUCUCUUAUUAUUUGUUUUUUAAUUAAUUCUUAUAAACGUAUAUCUAUAUAUUACAACAGUUUACAUAUAAAUAUGAUGAUUAAUUUAAUAAAAGGUAUAUAUCAUCAAAUAUAUAUAUAUUCCAAAAUAUUUGAAGAUAAUAAUUUAUUUUUUGAUCAAUUUAAAGAAGAAUUAAUAAUAUUAUGUAAUAAUAUAAAUACAAGUGAUAUAAUAUCAUUAAAUUAUAACAAUAUGUAUGAAUUAAUAAAUACACAUAUGAUAUAUUUGUCAUCAAAUAUAUGUAACACUAUUUUUGAUCAUCCAUUUAAAGAUAAUAAAUAUAUACCAUUCAAUAAAUUAAUAACAGUUAUUCAUUAUUUACAUAAAAUGAACAAAAUAUGUCUUUCUUAUGAUAAUACAAUAAAUAUAUUUCAACAAGAUAUAUUAAAAUUUAUAAAAAAAUGUGAAAAUAUAUUUUUAUCAAACAACCAUAAUUUUUAUGAUGAAAAUUUAUCCAAUCAUCAUAUAUUAAUAUUAAUUAAUAUAUAUAUAUAUUAUUAUUAUUAUUAUAAAACGUCUAUACACUCUCCAUUUUUAUAUAAAUGUCUACAAUAUUUAAGCAAAAAAAAUGAUCCAACUUUGUUUAUGAAUGAAACGGAAAUUAUUAUGUACCUCAACUUAUUGAAGAAACUUAAAGAAAUAAAAAUAAAUAAUAUAAAUGAAAAAUUUAAAAAUAAUGCCAAUUAUUUAGGACAAAUAAAACAAAAUGUAUUAAAUAAUGUGUAUUUAAAUAAUAUAUAUGAAAUGAUUGAUAAUUAUGAACCUAAUAAUAUAUACCAAACAAAUAAUGAAUCUGUAAUAACGUCAUUAUAUUAUAAUAAUAAUACAUCGCAUUUUGUUUUUAAUACUCCUAAAAAUAUAUAUGAAGAAAAAAAAAAAAUAAAUAAAGACUUAUUGAAUCUUAAUUUAUAUGAUGAAAUGUUAAAAAGCUAUAUGAAUAAAAUAAUGGAUAACCUUUUUUUUUCGUCUUCUUUCAUACAAUAUAAUAAUAAAAUGUGGGAAGAAAGUAAAAAGAAGAACAAAACAAUAAAUAAUAUAAAUGAUAUUAUAAAAAUUGAUGACAAUAAAAAGGAUGAAAGAAUAAAUAUAUAUAACACAUGUACAUCAUCAUCUAAAUGUAAUAAAUUCCCUUUUAAUAUUCAUCAUUUCAAAAAAUAUUCUAUAAAUACUUAUUUUUUGGUUUAUGAAAAUAUAUUUUCAUAUAAUAAAAAAAUUGAUAAAGAGGUAAUAGAAAAAAUAUGGGUCAUUUUAAAUAACAUAAUAAAAUAUAAACAAAAUGUGUUAACAGAAGAAAAUUUCUUUUUUAUUAUUUCUGCAUUAUUAAAAGCUCAAAAUUUUGAACAUGAAAUAUAUAAAAUGUAUUAUGAAUAUAUGAAAAAAUACACUUCUUCUAUAAAUAUAAAAUAUAUAUUUCUUAUUAUGAAAAGAAUUUUUGAAGAUACUCCAUACAUAAAAUAUCAAGAUGAUACAUCACUUUGUAUUGAUAAAGAUAAUAACAUAUUAAAUAAUUGUGGAACAAAAUAUAAUAUAGGAUCAUCAUAUUGUUAUAAUAUAAAAAAUGAUAAAUAUAAUAUAUUAAAUGAUAUAAUAAAAUUAUCAGAAGAAAUUAUAUUAUCUCAUGUAAAUUAUAUUAAACAUUUUACGUUUUUUAAAGAAAUACUACAUACUUAUAUGAAAAAAGAGAUAUAUAUAAAAUGUUCCUUAUUAUAUCAACCACAUUUCAACGAUUUUAUAUUAAAUUAUUUUAAUAAAUUUCUAACCCAUAAGUACUUACAUAGAAAUGUUCUAGUUUUUUUAAUAAAUAAUAUUUCUUCCUUUUAUUAUACUCUUAAUAAUAAUUAUGCAUCAUACAUAAUAAGAAAUAACAACAUACAAAUGAAAUGUGAUGAUAGAAUUAAAGAGAAAACAAAUAAAGAAUACAACCAAAAAAAAGAUAACGAAAAAUUAAUAGACCAUUAUGAAGAUAUAAAUUUAUCUGAUGAGGAAAAAAUUAAAACAGAUGAUAAUAAAGAUAUAAAACUUGUAAAUAAAUAUAAAAAUGGUUAUCAUUCAAAAAUAUUUUCAUUAUCUCAAUUAGAUCAAAUACAUUUAAAUAUACAACUAAACAAAGAAAAUAUAAUACUUACAAAAGAUAAAACAAAUCACAGUAAUAUAUAUUCUAAUAUGUUGUUAACAUGUCCUUCAAAUGAUAUAACAUCAUAUAAUUAUUUUAUUGAUAUAAAAAUGGAGUUAUUAAAAAAAUUCAAUAUUUUUCUUCAUACUUUAUAUAUGAACGAUAUAAAAAAUAAAAGUCCUCAUGAAAUAAAAUUAUCAAGUAUGAAUAUAAUAGAUAUAUUUGUUUCAUUAAAAAAUAUAAAAAUAAGAAAUGAAGACAUUAUGUAUAUAUUAAGUCAAAAAUAUAUUAUGGAUAUAUUUUUUCAUAAUAAUAAAGUAAAAUUAGAAUAUCAAAUAAAAUUUCUUAAUUCUCUUACAUUUCUUGAUUAUAUAAAAGAAGCUGAUUCAUUAUUUAAAACUUUUUGUUUAAAAAAAAAUAAAAUAAAUAAUAUACAAAAAGAAGAAAACAAGGCACAAAAUUAUUAUAACCUCUUAUAUACUCAUUUUUUAAAAAUACCCAUAAAAAAUUGUAUAAACAUUCCAAAUAUAUCAUCAUAUAUAUUAAAUUUUAUAUCUAUAUAUGAUUAUUUUGAAAAAAAAGAUCAAUAUGUAAUAUAUAAAAAAUUAUUAUAUUUCAUUGAAGAAUAUUUACAAUUACAUAAUAAAAUAAAUUCAAUGAAUUCACUUGAUAAACGUAAUAUUAUUCUUAUAACCUUAUUGUUAUACAUUUCAUCAUCACCUCUUAAUAUAUCAUCCAUGUCAUUACAAACAUUACGUAUAUUUUAUUAUUAUAUUAUAGAGUUCAAUUAUUUUUAUAAGAACAAUAUAACAAAUUCAUCUGCAACACAUGAUGAUAUUUUUAAACUUGUUGUAUCAUGUGUAAGAAAACAUUCUCUCUCUAUUCAUAUAUCGAAUGAAAUAAAUAUGCACUGUUUUGACGUUGACAUGCUUUUAUAUGUGAAAUAA